AUGAGUGAGCGCAAUAGCGGGGCAUCCCGGCUUUUCCCAGGACUUUCAAGCUUCGCGAUGCGGCCUGGCAGCCUGAGUUUUGUGUCCGAGCAACGGAUUCGGCAGCUGGAACAGAAGCUGCGAGCUAAAGAAGAAAGAAUUAUUGUGCUGGAAACAGAAAAUGCCCUUCUGCACCUCAAGCUUGCAGAGUGUCAAGGAGCGAUUUGGAAUAUCUCAACUAAGGAGGCAGAUGACAGUUUCACUUACUGCAAGCAACAAAGAGUCCAUAGUCUUGCCAGAUCCACUGUGAUUCAGCUUUAUGGAGCCAUACAGAGACUGAAGCAAGACAUGAAGAAUCUCCACUUGGCUGCCCUUCAGUUUUCAAAGGAUGUCCAACAUCAGAGCAAGAGCUUUCUCUACCAGAUUUUGGCUUCUACCCAACGGCUGCAGCUGCAGCUACAUAAUGAGGCUGUGCAAACAUUUCAGACUAAAGCUCUUGAACUUGAACAAACCUUGCAUGAAGUAAACGAGAGAUACUGGAAGGAAAAACAAAGGAGAAAAGUACUCCAUAACAGUUUAAUUGAACUAAGGGGCAAUAUCAGAGUACACUGCAGGAUCCGUCCCUUGCUACCCUUUGAUUCUGUUCCUGGAGAGUCAGUCAUCGAAGACAGAGUAUACAGCCCUGCUGAUUCACAAGCGACGGUGUUUGCAGAUGUCUCUCCUUUGCUAACCUCUCUGUUGGAUGGGUACAACGUGUGUAUUAUGGCUUAUGGGCAGACUGGGAGUGGAAAAACAUACACGAUGUUGGGCCCACAUUCUGAUGAUAAUUUCUUUUUCCCUAUGGAAGAUGAUCCAGAGUUAGGAAUUAUUCCUAGAGCCACUGAAGAAGUGUUCAGACUUCUUUCAGAAAGGCCACUCGAAAGCCAUUGUGUUGAGGUGUCGGUUGUAGAAGUCUAUAACAACGAAGUGUUUGAUCUUCUGGCCAAAGACAACUCUGGAAGGACUAGUGGUGUCAGAAGGGACAUCAUCACAAACAAGGAGGGGAAGAGUGACAUCCCACUGCUUACCCACGAGCCUGUGGAAGAUGCUGCAGAAUUCCUGGAGCUAGUUCAUAAAGGCCUGCAGUUAAGGGUCACACACCCAACACUUGUUCAUGCUCAUUCCUCACGUUCUCAUCUUGUGCUAACCCUGACUAUAACAACAAAGGCUGCCUUGGAGGAUGACUUGGUUACUCCCUGGGCAGGUGACCAUUCCAGUCCACAGGUGGUUAAAGAACGUUUAUUCACCUCUCCCCACUCAAGGAACCAUGACAAGCCCCUCAAUCCUGCCAGAGCUUCUUCGCCAGCACAGGCGGUUAGUGAAUCUGUGGAGAAGGUAAAGCAAAUGAGAACAAAGCUUCAACUGGUAGAUUUGGCAGGCAGCGAAUGCGUUGGUAUGUCUGGCGUGACUGGAUCAGUCCUGAGAGAGACAUCCUUCAUUAAUCGCAGCUUGUCUGCUCUGGCAGAUGUACUUGGAGCCAUAUCAGAGCAGCGGUCUCAUGUUCCAUAUCGAAACAGCAAACUGACGCACUUACUCCAGGACUCCAUCGGGGGCGAUGCGAAGUUGCUACUGGUGUUGUGUGUCUCCCCCAGUCAAAAGUACAUCACUGAGUCGCUGCAAACCUUGGGAUUUGGGUCUCGUGCACAGCAAGUUCAGAGAGGGCAAGCCAAGAAAAGAAAUCAACUAGUGCUGAGCAGAUCCAAAUAAGACAGAAGACUCCUGUGGAUUAAAGCAUUAUUAAUGAGUUCCUAAGACUGAAAUGUAUCAUGUUAUCAUAAAAAUGUAAACUGCCAGUUAAAAUAACCCUCCCUCAAUGCAGCACUGGCAAGCUAUAAACAUGCUAAAUAAUAUCUCUGUUCCAAGAAUAAGUGGGUG